AUGGAGGAGGAGAAGUGGGGGACAAGCAUGAUGGGUGCUCCGGCGAGGCCAACGGCACAUCCGGCGAACCAGACGGCGGUUAUGUGGUGUCCUCGCCGGUGUGAUGAAGAGUACUAUGCUUAUCAUCUCAUUGAUGAAGAUCAAAUGGAAAAGAACAAGACCAACGUCCAUACUAGUGUUGAUAAUGCCUUGGAAGCUUUCAACAAUUGGUCUCUCAGGGCUCAUGAUUUUGCCAACCAUCUUUGGCAUAAUUUGAAAACAUCACCAAGAAAGGAGGAGGGUGCAUGGCAUAAGUUAAAGCUAAAAGUAAAGGCCAUAAAAAAAGGAGGCUUUGAAUCACUUUACAAACAAACAUUCCCUACAAAGCCUAAUGAGAAGCUCAAAGACACAUUUGCUUGUUAUCUAUCAACCACCACCGGCGCCGUCGCCGGAACCCUUUUCAUCUCCGACCUCCACGUCUCCUUUUGCAGUGAGCGUCCUCUCUCCUUCAAUGCUCCUUCCGGCCAACUUCUUUGGUCUUAUUACAAGAUUAUGAUACCUUUGGGAAGGAUUGCAAGUGCUAAUCCAGUGACAUUAGAUGGGACUCUUACUAGUACUAGCAUUAGUAGUACAACAAGAGAGAUGUAUAUAGAGAUUGAUACAGUGGAUGGGCAUGAGUUCUGGUUCAUGGGGUUCAUAAACUAUGACAAGGCUUAUCAACUACUUCAACAAGCUCUUGCUUAUAAUGUUUCAACAAGGUUGGCUUCACAAGAGAUGUAA